UCAACUGCUGGUCUGACGAUCAACCACGGGUUUUCUGUUGCGUUUCAUGAUCGUGUCCUUGCACAACGAAAGAGGUCUUGGACGCUUGUUUUUACGGAAGUAUAGAUUACAUGCAUUGCAUUCAACUUCUCCGUGUUCGUUGCGCCUCCACAGUGAAGUAUUUGUGGUUCUGCAGUUGACACAUUGAGAAUUUUCGUGACAGUUUACAGCCUGCAAUCUUCUUCUGCUGUAAGCAAAGGCCUCCCUGACCAUCUUUUGUUGACGGUGUUGCAUACUACUCCCCUCUCCAUUUGCGAUGAUGGUCUUAAUGGCGAUUCGUGUAAAUAG